AUGUAUUUCCCAGUGAGUUAUCAUCCUGCUCCAAAAUAUAUAUUAUUUUUUGCCUUCUUAUCACUUUUACAUUGUGCCUUUUCAGUUGCUCAGCAUAGAUCUUAUCUUAGAUUAAUUAAUCAAGAAUAUACAUAUUUAUCAGCUGAUAUAUAUGUACAAUUAUUUGUUUCAUUAGCUGUUGGUUUAUAUAGUGCAACAGCAUUUUCAGGAGACUUUCAAAAAAUUCGUUCUGAUUGUGAAGACGAACCUGAAACAUGGGACACCUUUGGCAAUUGUCCUUCAUUUUACACCUUCGAACACAGAGGAAAACCAAUGUCAGCAAGUUUUGUUGGGUUUACACAACCCGAAGAAUGA